AGUUGUUGCUCAAACUCCUUUCACCAAUCUCUCUCUUUGCUUCCAAAAAGCCAUGGCGCUGCGCUUCGCUGGCUUCGCCUUGACCGUGGGCUUGGCGGGGGCCCAGUUGCUUCCUGAGCAGCCAGUGGAUUUUGAUGAGUUGCAGCGCUUGAUGGAGAAAGAGGGUCUCACUGAGGGCCAAGACUUUGCCGUGCCCACUAACCUGUCAAACCCGACGAUUUGCGACAGCAGUGUGAAGCAGCACUCAGGUUACCUGGACGUUGCGGUGGGUGUGAAGUACUUCUUCUGGAUGUUUGAAAGCCGAAGCAAGCCUUCCACCGAUCCACUAGUCCUUUGGCUCACCGGUGGCCCUGGCUGUUCCUCUCAGUUGGCCUUGCUGGCUGAGAACGGGCCUUGCAACAUGGCCAAGAAUGGCACAGGUACCGAGAAGAAUCCCUACAGUUGGACCAGCAAUGCCAACGUCAUUUGGGUCGACCAGCCGGCCGCCACUGGCUUCUCCACUGGCUUGCCGCUGGUGCAUGAUGAGGAUGGAGUGGCCAGCAACAUGUACAACUUCAUGCAGGAGUUCUACAAGGCUUUGCCGCAGUACAAGAACUUGGACUUCUUCAUUUUCGGCGAGUCCUAUGCAGGCCACUACGUCCCUGCCGUCUCGCAUUACAUUUGGCAGAAGAACCAAGCGGAUUCAGGCUUCAAGGUUCCGUUGAAGGGCCUGGGUAUCGGCAAUGGCCUUACAGAUCCUCAGGUCCAGUACAACUGGUAUCCGGACAUGGCUUUUGAUGGUGGCAAGUCCGAGGGAGGUACUCUUGAGAAAGGUGUCAUCGGACGAGUGGGAACCCUCGCCAUGAAGGCUGCCACCGUCCCCUGCGUCAAGCAGAUCGCUUCCUGCAAUGCUGGGGACGCCAACGCGUGCACCACGGCCUAUGCCAUUUGCAACUACGGUGAGUUGAUUCCAUACCAACUGACUGGACACAACCCCUAUGACAUGCGCAUCAAGUGUGAGAAGCCCCCUCUGUGCUACGACUUCAGCAAAGUUGAGACUUUCCUGAAUGACCAGAAGACCCAGUCUCAGUUAGGUGUGAACAAGAAGUGGGGCAGCUGCAACCGCAUUGUGAACAUGGCCUUCCAACAUGACUGGAUGAAGAACUACCAGAACAAGCUCCCUGACUUGUUGGGUGCGGGUCUCCAAGUGCUGAUCUAUGCCGGAGAUGUGGAUUACAUCUGCAACUGGCUGGGCAACAAGAAAUGGAGCCUGGCCAUGGAUUGGGCCCACAAGUCAGACUUCAAUUCGGCUGAGGACAAGGAUUACCAGGUGGAGGGUCAGAAAGCUGGUCGCUUGAGAUCUGCCAAGGGCUUCCAUUUCAUGCAAGUCUUCCAAGCUGGCCACAUGGUUCCCAUGGACCAGCCUAAGGUAGCUCUGCAGAUGCUCAACGACUUCAUCCAGGGCAAAUUCGAUGCAGCAACUUCCAUUGUGGUUUAAGGCUGAGCAGAUCUCACAGAUUUCACAGUUGUGAGCUCGGCCAAGGGUUGUUUUAGUGACAGCUGCAGCUUGCGCUGCACUAAGCUGGCAAACUCUCUGGCUUUCUCUGACAUCCUAGAGAAGACUGAUAAGACAGUUCUGAAGUAUGUGCACAUGAUAUCAAAAUUCGUUGAUGAUUCGCUCCCAGAGAGUGUUGCUGCCUGUUGCCAUUGAGUCCUUGCCAUUUGGGUUCGGGCUCGUGGAAAA